AAAUUCUCGCAAAAAGCAAAGGAUAAUCAAUAUUAACCAAACAUGUGGACAUUUAGCACAACAUAGUAAAAUUCAAAUUUGGUCAUUAAAAUGAUUUAAAGAACAUCCAAAGCAUCUAAAUUAAUUUUGUUGUCUUUUCACAACCGUGCACGCUUAAAGAUCUACUUAAAUCAUUUUAAGACGACCAAGAGAAAGAGGAAAGCGUAUAAAAGAUGGUAAUGUGAAAGUUCUAUGCUUAGUUUAAUUCUGUGUUUGAUUGUGACUAGUCCAAGAGUGCGUCUGAAAAUGAAUUUCUACAUUUUUUGUUUAAUUUGUGGAGCUUUUGCUAAUGAAAUUUCAAUUAAUGGAGUUUUGCCAGAAUCAGUGACUUCAAUACCUGAAAUGCAAGGUCGACAAGAUGAAGAUUAUGAAGUCAUUGAGGAAUCAGUAUCAUCGACUACUGAACAUUGGACAACGCAAGGAUGCUCUCAUGCAAAUGAAUAUUACAAUGCAUGUGGUCCACGAUGCCAACAAACGUGUUCUUUCCAACAACGAAUAAGUGGAGGAAACACAAGAGCCAUUUGUGAAUCAAUUUUCUCUGGAAGUUGUCAUCCAGGAUGCUUUUGUCAAGAUGGAUACGUUAGAUUUAACGACAAAUGUAUAAAGCCUGUGGACUGUCCAACUCGACUUUGCCUAGCUAAUGAGGAAUACAAAAUCCACGGAUCUCCAUGUCAACUUACCUGUGACAGCUAUUCACGUGCUGACGAAAUCGAAGCCAAAUGUCCAAAAGAUAUUCCAAUCUCAGGGUGUUUCUGUAAACACGGCUAUGUACGAAGUGCUACCGGUACCUGUAUAUUACCAAAUCGCUGUCCAAGACCUCUCGUGUCAUAAAUUAACUGAAUUAAAAUUCCUUUUUUUUAUAAUAAUUAGUUGAAUAAAUUUAUGUUACAUACUAAAUUAUUAGUCACAGUUCAGUAGGAAAAAGGUGAAAAUUUGUUGAGAUUGACAGGUGAAUUAAUAAAGUCGAUGAUGAUCUCAAUAAUGGGUUAAAAGUCUAACAGAAAAGAGUAAGAGCAAG